AUGAAACAUAUUGUUAAUGAUUAUGAUAGUGGUCGAUAUCGUUUAUUGCAUGGUUUUGAUAUAUUAUUAUUUAUUUAUUUUUCUUUACGUUUGUUUAUGCUUUUAAUAAUGUAUUUGGAUCCUGAACAAUAUCCAUUCUAUCAAUAUGAUUAUGUUGCUGGAUUUUUUUGGCAACAUCGUCAAAUUAUGAAUAAAUUUUUUAUUAUAAUUUGUUUAUUUUUUGUAAUGCUCGGUACAAUAGGUAUUCGAACAUUUUUCUAUCAAUCACCUGAUAAAUUAAGUUUUCAAGUAUUAUAUGAUUGUAUUGUUUUCAAUAUGGAUCAAUAUUGGAAAAGUUUAGAUACUGAAGAAAAUAUUCAGAUCAAAAAAUCUCGACGUCUAAAUCAUUAUCGUCAACAAUUUGAACGCGAUCAUCAUUUUUUAUCAAUGAUAAAUCCAUUAGCAGAUCGUUUAGUUUUAUUAAAAGUUUGGCUUGAUUCAUGGUUACAAAUGGAUCGUAUUGAUAGAAAAUUAUUUGAACAACAUAAUCGUAUGCGGCUAUUUCCACAUUCACCAAUCAAAGGACGUAAUCAAGUAUUAUUAUUUAUAUUUUUAAUAUUUAUAAUUGGUAUUACUGCAGUUAUAAUUGUUUCGCAAAUGUUUUCCACUGUAUUAUUACAAAAUUCAAUAAUAUUAAGAUUAUGUUUAAUUAUUGAAACAACAUUAGUAUUUUAUGCAAUCACAACAAUUAUACAAUGUGCAAUAUUAUUAGCAUGUUCAAUAAUAGCAACAUCCUUAAUCUAUAAUAAUGAAUUGGCUGAGAUGAAUGAAAAAUUUGUUAAAUUUCUAAAUAAAACACGUACUGGACAAUCAAUUACCGGAAAAGAUUUAAAACAAUUACGUUUUAUUUAUGAAGAACAUAUACGAUUAUCAUAUUAUGUUUUAUAUAAUGAUAAAACAACAUGGAGUGAAGCAUUAUAUUAUUAUGCAUUAGUCAGCAUACCGAUCAAUAUUACAUUAAUGUGUGAAUUGAUUGUUGAAGAUAUUAUACCAGAAACUAGAUUUUUAUUCAUUGCAAUUAUUGUUCUACAUGGUGUUAGUGGUUCAUUUCCAUUUCUAUUGUUAGCAAAUAUGUCAAGAAAUUUUCAUGCAAUCAAUGAUUAUCUGCCAUCAUUACAAUUACGAUUAAAUCGUUUUACACAUUUACGUUUGAAAUUAAAAUAUGAUGAUCUUUAUGAACGUUUGAUUUGGGGUAAAAAAAUUGUUCAUACAUUUGGUACAUUAGGUGAUUUAACAUUUCGUGGCCUGUUUGAAGCAUUAUUAGGAUAUUUUGUUGCAUUUUUUCUCAUACUUGGAUUCUAUAUGAAUGAACAAAAUCAAUCAAGAGGUUCAGAGUAA